CAUUUAUCGCAGCAGUAAACGUAAAUUGUAUACAUUUGCAUGCUGCCAAUAAGUGCAGCAACAAAUCAAAUGGACAAGCUAACAUCAGACGAAGCCGCAAAGCAGCCGGCGCUACGCAAACGUCUCGGCCGACCGCCCAAGGUCAAUGCACAAGAGUCUGAGGCAGCUGAGGAAAUGGAAUCAUUAGCCGAGGAGCGCACUUCGUCAACAUCGCCAACAAAUUGCCGGCGCAGCACUCGCAAGAAAAUCAUUAAAUUUGAUGUGCUCGAUGUGCUCAACAAAAGCCGCAAGACGCACAAAAUACAAAUUGAGGCACGCAUCGAUUCUAAUGCACCGACACCAACGUCCCAACUGGCAGCUAGUGUGUCCACAGUGACAGCGCCAAUAAUCGAGGUUAAUCGUUUGAUUACGCCGCGUCCGCCACCGCUGCUGCCUGCGGUGCUCCCAUUGCCGACGCUGGACAUGUUUACCAAGCCGAAGCCAAUGCCAAGCUUGAUUGUUGCUCAGGUGAGCAGCGAUAGAACAAGCUCUGCCUAUCCGCUGCCGCAGCAGCAGCAGCAGCCUAUGCGCAAACGUGGACGCCCACGCAAAGCACAGUUCACAGACAAUCCAACAGGAGUUGGUUGCUCGAAACUGGAUGCCGGCUUGCACAAUUCUGCGCCAAACUUGGCUGGUAGCAUGGAGCAAGCAGAAGCCGCCUCUGACUCUGAUGAGUCCCUGAAGGGCUUUCCGCCCCCGUUGGCUGUGGAGGAUGCAGCAAAUGCUGCACAAAUACCGCAGGAUGACACAGUGUUAGAUACAACAAUUGAUGUUGUUGAGACUGAGAUCAUCACUGUGCCGUGUGAUGAAGAUUCGGAUUCACAAAUUAUAUUUGUGGAUAUUGAGACGACAAAAUCUGAAUCGGAUAUAGCAGAAGAAGCAGAAUUCGAGAGCCCAACCAACACAUCUGAGGAUAAACGCAUUUUCAAGCUUAUAUUUCCCAAGCAAGAGCAACUGCAGCAGGAACAAGCAGAUGUGAAGCCUGUGGCCCAGCAGCUAUGCGUUGUUGAGCAGCUUUGUGAACCGCCAGCCGAGCCUAAUGUGGGUGAAAAAUUGCAUGAGCUGAGGAAGAAAACGGAAUCGGAACUACUGGCUGAAGUGCUCAGCGAGCCAGCAGAGCUCUGGUUUACCGAAGACGAGGAUAAGGACGAAGAACAGCAACAAGUGCAGGUGCAGCAGGAGGAGCAGCAACAAGUGCAGAUGCAGCAGGAGGAGCAGCAACAGCAGCUAAAUAACAAGCCGAAGCUCGAAACUGAACUAGCAAGCGAUUCGCACAGUCCAGAAUCUAUUGGAGAUAUGAAUCUGCAGAAGCAGCAGAAGUGCAGCGACACGGAGUCGACGCUAAGCACUGAAGCAGCUAGCAAGCUGCCCAGUCCAGGUUCUGUUGAAGAUUUGCAGGCAGAGGAAAAGCAGCAGCAAUGCGCCAGUCCAAUGCAGGUUAAGGAUGAGUUCCAGGUGGCUGUGAAGCUAAAGGAGGAACUUUCAUUACCAAAUUCUUCAGCUGCGCAGCCCAAAAGCGAUGAAACAAAAACUGCAACUGCGUCAGAGUCAAAGGCGGACUCAAUCCCUAAUGCUGCUGUGAAGCCAGAAGACAAGACCAAGAUCAUGGAGCCUACUCCGCAGCCGGCGUACAAAGCCGUAGCACAUUUCGAAUUAGAAUCUCUCAGGCGCGCGGCCAAAGCUACGGGCAUAGAAUUGAAGCUGCCCGUGACUAUGGAAAAACUUCUAAAUGCCAAUCCAAUUUCAGAGCCUUUAAAGGCUGAAAUUAAAAAGCAGCCAGAUUUAGACACGACUGAAACGCCGCUAGCUGUGUCCUGGCAACUGGCCAAGCAAGACAUGCCUGUAAAGCAGCGGCAGCCGUUGGCAGACAAACCCGCUGAGGCAAAAGCUGCUCCACAGCUUCCGUCAGGUCCUUCAGAUCCUGAGAAAACAGGUGAUCCACAGCUUUCGUCAGUUCCCUCAGAAGCAGCCACAGCCGCAGCUCUACCAAUACCCAAGACAGUCAAAACCGCUGUUGAGGAACCAAAGCUGGAUUUGGCCACAACAAAAUCAACUGUUAGUGAAAAGAAAAAAACAAGUGACAGUCCUAAGCCGGAGAAGCCAUCUUCCUCCUCCUCCUCCUCCUCGGCAAACACAACUUUUGUUGAGUGCGACGCGCUGUUUAAGGUCUUGGACAAAGCCCAUGCCCAGAUGCGGCACGAAGAGAAGGCAAAAAAGAAGUCUAAGCAGGCAAGCAAGAAGCAGUUAUCCGAACAUACGCAGGAACGCACCACGCCGCUGGCCCGUGGCAAAAAGCAGGCGCCAAAGGAGAGCUCACGUCGCAACACAAUUUCCGAGGAACGCCACGAGGAAGACAAGCUGCCGUUGACCAAUAAGCGUCGCAACUCCGUGCAUCCUUUCAAGGCAACGCUGAGUCCAGAGCGCGCAUCCGAGGCAGAAUCCAAGCCUAGCAGCAGCAGCAGCGGAAGCAACAAGAAGUCAGCCCAAAGGAAGCCGUCGCGAAAAGCAGCAACAGCCAAACAGCUGCCCAUCAGCCAGGACUCGCUGGACUCCAGCUCAAGCUCGUCGACAAAAGCCAGUGAACUGCCUGGCCGCAGCUUGCCAACGCCCACUUCUGAGCUAGAAGCAUCCAAUCCGCUGCACGACAUAGCCAAGUUCAUAGAGGAUGGCGUCAAGUUGCUCGAACGCGACUACAAGCUGGAGGAUGAACAGCAGCAGCAGCAAGAGCAGCAGCAGCAGCAGACACAGCCACAGUUGCAAGAGGAGAUAACUGAAGAUGAGUUUGCCCAGCGUGUGGCCAAUCUGGAGACACCAGCCAACACGCCGGCUCCCUCACCCGUGGGCAGCACUGAGGAUCUGUCCUCGGGCGUACGCCGUUCGCAUCGCAUUAAACAGAAACCACAAGGCGCCAAGGCUAGUUUGGGGCGUGGCAGCAGCAGUCAAACGCCGGCCAUUAGCAUGGAACAACAGCUAGCCGAGCUGGCACAGAUUGAGACUAUCAACGAGCAGUUCCUACGCAACGAAGGACUCCACACAUUCCAAACGCUGCGCGACAACUAUUAUCGUUGUGCGCGGCAGGUGAGCAAGGAGAACGCAGAAAUGCAGUGCGAUUGUUUUGUCACCGGCGACGAGGAGGGACUGGGCCAGCUGCGCUGCGGCGAUGGCUGCAUCAACCGCAUGCUUAUGAUCGAAUGUGGCCCACUGUGCACCUACGGCGAGCGCUGCACAAACAAACGCUUCCAGCAGCAUCAGGGCUGGCCCUGUCGCGUCUUUCGCACCGAGAAGAAGGGCUGCGGUAUUACUGCCGAGCUGCAAAUACCGCCCGGCGAGUUCAUCAUGGAGUACGUGGGCGAGGUGAUAGACAGCGAGGAGUUUGAGCGUCGCCAGCAUCUGUACUCGGAGGACCGCAAUCGACACUAUUAUUUUAUGGCUCUGCGCGGCGAGGCGAUCAUCGACGCGACCACAAAGGGCAACAUCUCGCGGUACAUCAAUCACAGCUGUGAUCCGAAUGCAGAGACGCAGAAGUGGACUGUGAACGGAGAGCUGCGCAUUGGAUUCUUUAGCGUGAAGACCAUCCUGCCCGGCGAGGAGAUCACCUUUGAUUACCAAUAUCAACGCUACGGACGCGAUGCCCAGCGCUGCUACUGCGAGUCGACAAAUUGUCGUGGCUGGAUUGGCAACGAGCCCGAGUCGGAUGAGGGCGAGCAGCUCGAUACGGAAAGCGAGAGUGAGCCGGAGUCACUGGUCGAGGAGCUGCGAUUGGAGCAGCAGGAGCUGAAGACCAAAACGCCCAGGAGCGGCAAGUCAAGAAAGCAGCUCAAGUUGCCGACGGCGCGCAAACAGCGCAAGGAGCAGCCAAAGGCCAAGGAUCGCGAGUACAAGGCGGGACGUUGGCUGCGUCCAUCGGGCGGCGCCAGCGGCGAGAAGUCAGCAACACGCAAGCCCGACCAGCUGGAGGACCCGGAUGUGCUGGAACAGCUAACGCUGCUCGGCCGCAGCGGCCUCAAGAACCAGCUGGACACGUUGCGUCUUUCGCGUUGCAUGGUGCGUGCCAAGCUACUGCAGUCUCGCCUCCAGCUGCUGGGCGUGCUCACCCGUGGCGAACUGCCAUGUCGUCGGCUCUUCCUCGACUACCACGGCCUGCGUCUGCUGCAUGCCUGGAUCAGCGAGAGCGGCAACGACAAGCAGCUGCGGCUGGCACUGCUUGAGGCGUUGGAGUCGCUGCCUAUACCCAAUAGAACCAUGCUGAAUGACAGUCGCGUCUAUCAGAGCGUGCAGCUAUGGAGCAGCCAGUUGGCACAGCCAGCAGCUGAGAUGCCAACGGAGCCGCCACCAGAAUCGAAUACGGAGGAGGACGAGUCAGUGCGUCAGCGCAUUGCGGCGCUGCUACAAAAGUGGAAUGGCCUGCCCGAAAUCUUUCGCAUACCCAAACGGGAACGCAUCGAACAAAUGAAGGAGCACGAACGCGAGGCGGAUCGCCAGCAGCAGGUGCAUCACGCGGCCACCGCACUGGAGGACAGCAACAGCGCCUCCUCCGUGCUAAACAGCGAUCGGUUCCGGCAGGAUCGUUUCAGGCGAGACACCAGCAGCCGCUACGAAAAGUCUAAGCCGCCAACUCGGAUGAGCGGCAACAAUACCAUCUGCACAAUCACCACACAGCCCAAAGAAUGGCAGGGCACCACAGAGAGCGCCAGUGGGAGCAAGUCUGAGAGUCGUAGACGUUCCGAGUUCGAUCCACGUCGAACCAUAUCCAAGGAGCUGCGGCGUUCGCUAUUCGAGAGAAAGGUGGCCCAGGACGAGGCGGAGAAGCGUGUUGGGAGUGAAGAUUGGCGCGAGCACGAGCUACGCUGUGAAUAUUUCGGCGCAGAUCUCAACACAGAUCCCAAGCUGCUGCCAUUUUACCAGAACACAGAGACCAACGAAUGGUUCAACAGCGAGGAUGCGCCAGUGCCAGUGCCAUUGCGCUGCGGCGAUGCCGCUGAGCCACCUUCACCGGAACAUGAGGAUGAUGUGGAGUAUAAGCUGCCCGCUGGCGUGGAUCCGUUGCCGCCCUCCUGGCACUGGAGCCUAACACCCGAGGGGGAUAUAUAUUAUUACAAUCUGCGCGAUCGGAUUCCACAGUGGGAGCCACCGAAUGCUGAACAGCGUUUGCAACAGCUGGUAGAGGAAUCACCAGAGAAGGAGCUGGCAACGGAUGAGACUGCCAAUUCGGCCGAUCUGAUCAACAUCGAUAUUGACUAUGUGGGCAGCCUCAGCGCCAAAUCCCUAGCGCAAUACAUUGAGGUCAAGAUACGCGAGCGACGCGAACUGCGACGCAGUCGCCUCGUCUCUGUGCGCGUGAUAAGUCCGCGUCGCGAGGAGGAUCGCCUCUACAAUCAGCUGGAGUCGCGCAAGUACAAGGAGAACAAGGAGAAGAUUCGCCGACGCAAAGAGAUCUAUCGACGCACACGCAAUGAGGCGAAUAGUAUUCCACCGCCAGCUGGAGAGUCCAGUGAUUCGCUGCCCAUACAUGGCUAUCUGUACUCCUCGGAUGAGGAGGCGACCGCCGAUGCCGUGGGCAGUGUACCGCUGGCUGAUUCUACUGCCGAUGGCGAAAAGGAAUUGUCAGAGACAGUGAGUCGUCGACGCCAAUCUCGACCAACCUCGCCACAAUCCACUAGUUCAACAGAAACGGAAACGUUGCCAGGCGCAAAGCGCAAGCUGCCCCUGACGGAGGGCCAAAAGAAGCAUCGGGACAGCAAGCGCAAGACCAUGAUAACCGGACGCGAUGCCAGUGACAAGUUUCACUUUGAGAUUAGCGGUCACGUGGCCGAGUUUUUACGUCCCUAUCGCCAGGAUACCUGCCAGCUGGGCCGCAUUACAAGCGAUGAGGACUAUAAGUUCCUUAUUAAGAGGUUGAGCCACCACAUAACCACCAAGGAGAUGCGAUACUGCGACAUGACCGGCAAUCCGUUGGCCUGCACGGAAUCGGUUAAACAUAAGUCCUACGAGUUUAUCAAACAAUAUAUGCGCAAAAAGGGGCCCGUCUACAAAAAGCCGGUCGACAAGCCCGACUAAUGAGUAGUUCUUAAACACAACAUUUUUUCCUUAAAAUAUUGGGCAACUAAACAUCUUCAUAAAUAGUUUACGUAUAUCACUCUGAAAGUUGUAUACAAUAUUAAGUUUUGCUUUUAAGAAAGAUUUUACCUCAAGUUGGGUAAUGCAACUUUAAAUUCUUAAUUUAAGUACAUAUGAAAUGUAAUUGAAUGCAUGACUUUUUUUUUUUUUAAUUUUCUUUUUGUUAUUGUGUGCCAAAACAAAUACAUUUUUAAUUGGUGCCAAUUAUAUGGCCAUUCAGAUAUUAUUUAGUGCAUCUAUAAAAUAUGUGUUUAUUGUUCUGUGUGUUAUCGUUAUUUUCUCUU